UGACCAUCCACACUAAAAAUAAAGUCAAACGUCUGUGACCUUUUGGGAAGAAAGCAAAAGUGCAGGAUAUUGUGAUGCAGAGUGAGCAAAUCAAGACAAGUCCCCCUGGACGCUUCAGAAACAAGGGAGCAUCAUCCCAAGAGGACCUCUGAAUUUCUAGUAACUUCUACAUGAUGUUUACCAUGAGUUGUGUCCACCAAACAUGGAGGAUACUCCUUGAGAAGAGAGCUUGGGAACCAAGGCUGAGAACAAAACCUCACCAUUUGCCCAGCUCACCACAAAACUUGCUGAUGGCCAAUGAGAAGCAAGCCUGGAGCUUCUCACUCAGGACCCCUGCCGCAGCCAGCUCACCCUGCACCCGCUGCAGGUUCCUGAAGAUAAUGGUUAUGGUGAACGUGAAUCACCACCUGGGUGACCGCAUUGAACUGAAAGGGAAGGUGGCACCUGAUGCUGAGAGGUUUGCAGUGAGCCUGGGCCAGACUAGCUUAGACCUGGCCCUUUACUUCAACCCCCGGUUUGAGAGCGAAGGUGAUGCUGGGAUCAUCGUCUGCAACUUGAUGAAGGGUGGGGUGUGGGAGGAGGAGCAGCGUGAGCCCUGCUUCCCCUUCCAGAAAGGCCAGGAUGCCAAGAUGAGUUUCUGCUUCGAUGGACAGCAGCUGAGGGUGACUAUGCAGGAAGACCAGGAGCUCACCUUCCCUAACCGCCUGGGGCUGGAGACCAUCUCCUUUUUCUCAGUGGAGGGAGACAUCAAGGUCACCUCCUUCGAGUUCAAAUAGCUCCACCCCAGGCAUAGGGCACAUGAAAGAAAUGAGCUGAUAAAUAUAUCUUUG